CGCGGCAGUCCUCAGCCGCGCUAAGAUGGCGACUCCCAUGCAUCGGCUCAUAGCUCGGAGACAAGCUGAAGCAAAUAAACAACAUGUAAGAUGUCAGAAAUGCUUGGAAUUUGGACAUUGGACUUAUGAAUGCACAGGAAAAAGGAAAUACCUACAUAGGCCUUCAAGAACAGCAGAACUAAAGAAAGCUUUAAAAGAAAAAGAAAACAGAUUAUUAUUAUUACAACAAAGCAUUGGAGAAACUAAUACAGAAAGGAAGACCAAGAAAAAAAGGUCUAAGAGUGUAACCAGUUCCAGUAGCAACAGCAGUGACAGUUCAGCCAGUGAUUCCUCAUCCGACAGUGAAGACACGUCUACCUCAUCCUCCUCCGAGGACAGUGACACCGACGAAAGCUCCUCCAGUUCAUCAUCUUCAUCCUCAUCCACAAGCUCCUCCUCGUCCUCUGAUUCAGACUCCGAUUCCAGUUCUUCCAGCAGCAGCAGCACCAGCACGGAGAGCAGCUCUGAGGACGAGCCACCAAAGAAGAAGAAAAAGAAAUAGAAUUGCCCCAUCGCUAUUGGACUGCUGGACUGCAAACGUUAAGGUGAUUCUCGCAAGGGAAUUUAGAGUAUGUUAAGGCCAAAUAGAUUAAUCGGUCAAAAUUUCUGGAGUUCAAAAGUUUCUAAGUGUUUUACAUCAUAAGAGCAUAAAGAGUAUUAAUAAUGGAUUAUAUAAAAAAUAUAUGUGUGUGUGUAUAUAUAUGAAAGACUUUUUUUAUUUUAAGGGUAAAUCUUGUUUUUCUUUUUUAUCUUUAAUAUAUAUCUCUAAAACUUAAAGCUGAAUCCAGUAAAUCUGUUUUGGGGAUGAAACUUACCUUUUCUCCCUGUGAAAUAAAUGCCAUACUUUGUUAUUUGUUAGUGCUAUGUAUGUAUCAGACAUGUUUUCAGGAUAAUGCAUCAGAAUAUCUGGCAGUGAAUUUCUAAUGCUUUUGGCUGUGUGUUAUUAUAUAAGAUUUAAUACAUUGUUACUACAAAAUUAGGAGCGUUCCUCUUAAUAACUCUGCCCUAUUUUUAUGCUUUAUGUCCAGAAAGUUAUUCUGACUUCUUGUCCUAAAUGAAAAGCUCAAGAAACCUAUUAAUAUCUUUAUACCUUUUGGAUGGUACAAAUGUCAAGUUAUUGUGUUAUAUCGUUCAUUUUCUUCUGGUUCUUAGAGUUACUCUUUUUUUUUUUUUCAAGUAGGCUCCACACCUGGCGUGGAGCCCACUGCGGGGCUUGAACUCACAA